UGUUGAAUUAUUAGUUUCCAUUUUACCUUUAAAUUAUACUUUAUACUUCAAUACAACUUUUGUGAGAGAGUGAACAUAUAAAAUUAAUUAUUACAAUUAGUAUACGGAGUAUAUUAUCACGGAAAAAUUUAAAAGUUUAUCACCAAACUAUCAUAAAACAAAACAAACAUAAAAAAAAACCUCUAGAUUUAUGUAUAAAAAUUAGAACUAAUUAGAUCAUAUGCAUGAGGCAUGAGAUCGAGCUACAUAUAUAUACACCGUCCAUAUAGGUCAACAAAAAGAUGAAAAAAAGUUGCUUUCGAACAAAGGCGUUUGGCUACUUCUCAAUUCUAACCGACACUUCCACUGCCUGAUUAUCCGUCAACGCCGCAGGGAUGUUUCCCGGCUGAGAACCGGCGGAAGGAACUGUCUCCGCCCUGCAGGGCAGGAGAUGACCCGAGAUUUUCACGGGCAGGAUCCGGGCUCUGCAAAGAGGGCAGUUGGCGUGGGCCCGGAACCACCUCUCAAUGCAAUCCGCGUGGAAGCAGUGCUCACAUCCGGGUAAAACCCGACCCGUCUCACCAUCCCGGAGAUCCGACAAACAAACGGAGCAUUCCACCGGCGUGCCGUUAUUAGUCCAUUUGGGGAACGAACAGAGAUGGGGGAAAGUCGGAAGCGUUUCAUGUAAAGAUGGGUCGGGCCCAAUUGGGGCAGAACCCGCAGAAAAGGAAUCUUCCCGGUGGUCGGGGCGGCGACUACGGCGGCAGGAGAUCCGCCGGAGAAACAGACGGGAGAAAGCGAAGAAAAGGCAAACGAUUGCAAGAACGACGACGAUGAUUAACGUGAGCUUUCCGGUAUACGCAAAGUUUGAGCAUGUGGAAAGCUUUCUUAGUGGAACAGAAGUUGUUGAUGAUGAGUUCUCAGCCAUGGAUUCCGAUCAUUAUUUAGCUUUCUUCUUCCUUUGAACUUUGAAGUAGAAAUAUAUAUACGUGUAUGGGGUAGUUAAAAGCUGGUAAUAACAAGUGUGGGGG